CGCGUCCGCUGGAUCACGUGGGCCGCCCGUGCUGCGCAGGUGCCGGCCCGAUUGGGGCCCGUCCAGCCGCGGGCUCCAGUUGCUGCUUUUGUUGCUGCUGUUGGGGCCUGGGAGCCUCCUCUUCCAUCUUCCAGCCGUCGCCAUGUUCCUCGCCACCGUCCGCAGCGCUGUUCCCAAGCCUCUCGCUCGUCUGUUUCAGCGAGCCCUUUCCCUUGAGGCCUCCUCCCCAGUGAUUCCCGAAGACAAGCGCCAGUACGUUCCUUCCUCUGGCUCUUAUCCCAAGGGCUUCAGAGUGGGCGCCAUUUCCUCUGGAGUCAAGAAGCACGCCCACUUGGACUUGUCCAUCAUCACCUCAGCGACCCCCUGCAACGCCGCUGGCGUCUUCACCACAAAUAAGUUCAAAGCUGCUCCCGUCGUCCUCGACAGACAGAUCCUCAACGAUUCAAAGGGUAAAAAUAUCCAUUCCAUUGUCAUCAACAGUGGUUGUGCCAACGCUGUUACAGGCAAACAAGGUCUCGAAGAUGCCACCGAAGUGUCCUCUCUUGUUGACGCUUUGUCUGUCCCUUCUCACAACGAAAGGCCUGUCCACAACUCAACCUUGGUCAUGUCAACUGGGGUCAUUGGCCAGUUGUUGCCCAUGCACAAAUUGAAAGCUGGAAUCACUGCCAUUUUCAAUUCAGAUGUCUUGAAAGAUGACCACCAAAGUUGGUUGAACUGCGCAAGAGGCAUAAUGACCACUGACACCUUUCCAAAAAUUACCUCCAAAUCUUUUCUGAUUGACAAUAAUACCUAUAAUAUUGUUGGUUUGGCUAAGGGUGCAGGCAUGAUUUGUCCCAACAUGGCAACAAUGCUAGGCUGUUUCAUCACUGAUGCCCCACUCUCUACUUCUGCUUUAAAUUCAAUCUUGAAAUACUCAGUCGAUAGAUCCUUCAACUGUAUCUCUGUCGAUGGUGAUAUGUCAACUAACGAUACAAUCUUGCUACUAUCAAACGGUGCUUCUUUGUCUGGCAAAAAAACCGACGUUAUCAAUGAAGACUCUCCUUCUUAUUCCCAAAUUAGAGACAUUAUCACCUCCUUUGCUCAAAGUUUAUCCCAGCUAAUCAUUAGAGACGGCGAAGGUGCCACAAAGUUCGUCACCAUAAAAGUAAACGAUGCUGAAUCCUACGACGACGCAAAGAAAAUCGCUUCAUCAAUUGCCAACUCCUCUCUAGUCAAAACUGCUUUAUACGGUCAAGACGCAAACUGGGGCAGAAUUCUUUGCGCAAUCGGCUACUCAGACAUUGACAUCAACCCUGAAACAAUCAACCUAAGCUUCAUUCCAACUGACGGCUCCUCCCCUUUGAAACUACUUUCAAAUGGCGAACCCGAAAUCGUUGAUGAAGAAAGAGCCUCCCAAAUCCUAAAACUAACCGACCUAGAAAUCUUGGUCGAAUUAGGCACCGGCAAAGGUCAAAAUGCUACCUACUGGACCUGUGAUUUAUCCCAUGAAUACGUCACCAUUAAUGGCGACUACCGUUCUUAGUUUGCUAUA